UCCUCACUUUUAACUUUGGAGCCGCUGAAUCACUGCUGACGUAAGAAAACGAAAUUUGUUGAUUAAGGUCAACGCCCAUACCUUAAUGACCAAGAAGGGUAGGUUCAAAAUUCUAAUCAAUCGACACAUCCCCACGGAAUGCCCGCAAUAAAUCUCUUGUUUAUAUACGCCACCGGAUCCCUCUUCUUCUGCAUCACCAUCUCUCUCAUUUUCUCAAACACAAUCCAAAUCGAUCAUCAAUUACUCUCGGCGAUGGCUGCCGCAAUUCCAGAAACCUUCUACAUCUCACACGGCUCCCCGACUCUCUCCAUCGACGAAUCCCUCCCGGCCCGCCACUUCCUCAAAUCCUUCCAACACAAAUGCUUCUCAACCAAACCCAAGGCGAUCCUCAUCAUCUCCGGCCACUGGGAGACCUCGGAGCCCGCGGUCAACGCCGUCUCCGGUCCCAGCGGCACGAUCUACGAUUUCUACGGCUUCCCGGACCAGAUGUACCGGCUCAAGUACCCGGCCCCCGGCUCGCCCGAUCUCGCGAACCGGGUCAAGGAGCUUCUCCUCAAAUCCGGGUUCGAGACGGUCCACGUGGACAAGAAGCGCGGGCUGGACCACGGCGCGUGGGUCCCGCUCAUGCUGAUGUACCCGGAGGCCGACAUCCCCGUCGUCCAGCUGUCGGUCCAGACCAACAAGGACGGCGCGCACCACUACCGCAUGGGGCGGGCGCUGCGGACGCUCAAAGACGAUGGCGUCCUGAUCGUGGGCUCCGGCGCCGCCACGCACAACCUGAGGAAGAUGAACCGCGACGGCAGUAAUAGGGUGGAGAAGUGGGCGCAGGAUUUCGAUAGCUGGAUCAAGGAGGCGCUGGCGGAGGGGAGGUACGAGGACGUGAACAGGUACGAGGAGAUGGCGCCCAACGCAAAGAUGGCGCAUCCCUGGCCGGAUCAUUUCUACCCGCUGCACGUCGCCAUGGGCGCCGCCGGGGAGAACACCACGGGGGAACUCAUCCACCAUAGCUGGACGCACGGGACGCUUUCUUAUGCCUCCUAUAGGUUCGCCGACAAGGCCAAAUAGCUUUAUCUUUUUACUUGCACAUGAAUUGUUCGACCAAAUGCCUGUAUGUAGAUGACGACUGUGUGUUGUAAUUUCAAUUCGUUUGAAUUGAGCUCACGCUGUGCAUCAUUUAUUCAAUUGUAGUUUCAUUUACCCCCACUUAAUAAGAGCCCAUGUUAAUCCAUUGGGAAA